AUGCCGAGCAACGAGCCGCAAGUCGAGCCCGACCUCGCCGUCCGCCUGAAGAGGACCCGAGUGCAUAAGGACGACGAUAGCGCUACGCUGCUCGCCGCGGCCCGUCGCCUCACCGGCAUUGCCGACUUCAAAUGGCGCUCCGUACAACAGCUCGCAGCGCUGCGUACGAUCCUAGGGGGGGCAGAGGAGAUUGUCGUCGUUAUGCCUACAGGGGCUGGCAAGAGCCUGCUGUUUAUGCUCCCCGCGUCACUCUAUACCGCAGGCACUACGGUCGUUAUCCUACCUCUUAUCUCCCUCCGCGCUGAUAUAGUAUACCGCCUUCGCUCCCUCAAACUGGACCACUCGGUCUGGGCGCCUAGGAGUCGCCAGCGUGCGCCCGUCGUCCUCGUUAGUAUCGAAGCCGCCAGUACGCGAGACUUUAUAGAAUACGCGCAGGGCCUCGUUGCGGACGGCCAGCUCGACCGAGUGGUAAUCGACGAGGCCCACCUAACCAUUGCUGCCCUCGAGUACCGCCCGGUAAUGAACGCGGCCUCCGAGCUCCGCCGUCUCCGUACCCAGUUCCUCUACCUUACCGGUAUGCUCCCCCCUAGCAUAGAGGCCGACUUUCGCCGGCACAACUGCCUCGCUAUCCCUACGAUCCUGCGUAUAGACUGUAACUGCCCCCAAGUCGUGUACACUAUCGAGCGCUGUCCCGAACCGGCCGACGAGCUGUAUAGCUAG